AUGUUAAAUGUUAAUAGACAUUUGGGGAAACUAGUAGCAAAAUAUUCGGCGCUCUCCAAGGAAAGAUCACUGGCUCCGAGCCAUGCCCAGAGAAGAUUGACCAGAGGACCAGGAUUACUGCAAUCGGUAUAUAAAAAAUUCGUGGCCCCCUGGUAUUUCAGAGCCAUCUCAGGCCCGUAUGAAAGAUGGCAGCAGGCGUGCCUGACGAGAUACCUGAGAGAACACGGGCUACUGUACGACGACCUAAUGUCGGAAAGAGAGCCGAUAGUGGAGAGGGCUCUGUCACUACUAACUCCGGAUUUAGCCACAGAUAGAUAUAGGAGAAUAGCGAAGGGGAUGCAAAUAAGUAUGCUGAGAAUGUACCCGCCGCUGGAGGAGCAAAACUACGACCCUUUCGUCCCAUACCUGGCGCCCUUUAUCGAAGAAGCCAAGUUCCAGUUGCAAGAGGAGGAGGAGCUGUUAGGAUACCACCCAACAGAUAGAAGACUGUUUUGCGGUGGAACGACUGGGUUUGGAGACCUGGAGCCAGGAAUGCAUUUUUUAGUCUCACUGCCUAACCUGUACGGAGCAGGCAUAGGCAACCCUAACAGGAAGUAG